GCUCUUUGUGGGACGUAACGGGAAAGGCGUUCCCACACGUCUUGACUAAAUCGGCAGCCCUGUGUGUGGCGGUGACAGAGAGCGCGAGCGACAGGGGUGUCCUUCGGUUCAGAUUCAGCCGGGGCUUGCUCCUCUGAAGAGUGAGGUUGGGGGACACGUGAAGCGCGUGGAGGGGCCCGACACCGAGGACGAGGUUGCCAUCGCGACGAGGCCCGCCGCAGAAGCGCACUUCCGAGUAGGUUGCGGCGCAGGCGCAAAUGUGAUAGGCGCGGCGCUGAGGCGGUGCGGUGACCCAGCGCCGCUUUCGGGUAGUUCUCCCAGGAUCAGUGACACCGACGCUGUGUGUCCUCGACUGGAGACUCGACAUCGCGAGGGCGGCUGCCCCGGGACUGAAAGACGGGGACCCCAGAGGAGACGAAAAGGACCCACACCCGACCGGAUCCCAGUCACCAACCAUCGCCCAUGGCGGCCCUCGGCCCCGGCAGCCAGAAUGUCACGGAGUAUGUCGUGCGAGUUCCCAAAAACACAACCAAAAAAUAUAAUAUCAUGGCCUUCAAUGCAGCUGAUAAAGUCAACUUGACUACUUGGAAUCAGGCUCGGCUGGAGCGGGACCUGAGCAACAAGAAGAUUUACCAGGAGGAGGAGAUGCCUGAGUCGGGUGCCGGCAGCGAGUUCAACCGCAAGCUCCGGGAGGAGGCCCGGAGGAAGAAGCAUGGGAUCGUCCUCAAGGAGUUCAGGCCAGAGGACCAGCCCUGGCUGCUCCGCGUCAAUGGCAAAUCGGGCAGGAGGUUCAAGGGCGUAAAGAAGGGCGGUGUGACAGAGAACACGUCCUACUACGUCUUCACCCAGUGCCCUGACGGGGCCUUCGAGGCCUUCCCAGUGCACAACUGGUACAACUUCACGCCGCUGGCCCGGCACCGUACACUCACUGCCGAGGAGGCCGAGGAGGAGUGGGAAAGGAGGAACAAGGUCCUGAACCACUUCAGCAUCAUGCAGCAGCGGCGGCUCAAGGACCAGGACCAGGAGGAGGAGGAGGACAAGCAGAGGCGCGGCCGCGGGAGGGCCAGUGAGCUGCGCAUCCAUGACCUGGAGGACGACCUGGACAUGUCGUCCGAGGACAGCGAGGCCAGCGACGAGGAGGGCGGCCGAGCCCCCAAAGCCAAGAAGAAGGCGGUGCCCGCCAAGGCCGGUGGGAAGAAGAAGAAGAAGAAGAAGAAGGGGUCGGAUGAUGAGGCCUUUGAGGACAGCGAUGAUGGGGACUUUGAGGGCCAGGAGGUGGACUACAUGUCCGAUGGCUCCAGCAGCUCCCAGGACGAGCUGGAGAGCAAGACCAAGGUCAAGCAGCAGGAGGAGGGCCCCAAGGGCGUGGAUGAGCGCAGCGAGAGCAGCGAGGACAGCGAGGAGGAGAAGCCGCCCCCCGAGGGGGACAAGGAGGAGGACGAGGAGAGGAAGGCGGCCGCGCCGCAGGAGAGGAGGCGCAGGAGGGACAGCAGCGAUGAGUCGGACAGCUCAGAGGAGAGCGACAUCGACAGCGAGGCCUCCUCCGCCCUCUUCAUGGCGAAGAAGAAGACGCCCCCGAAGAGGGAACGGAAGCUGUCCGGCGGCAGCUCGAGGGGCAACAGCCGGCCUGGCACGCCCAGUGCAGACAGCAGCACCACGUGGUCUACCCUGCGGGCAGCCGCCACCAAGCUGGAACAGGCCUGGGCGUCCCCCCCCCUAUUCCACAACCCAGCCCCAGCCUGCCCCCCAGGGAAGCGGACCGGUGAGACACCAGCAGCCAAGCGCUUGCGGCUGGACGCCGGGCCCCAGAGCCUGUCGGGGAAGUCAACGCCGCAGCCCCCGUCUGGGAAGUCAACCCCUAGCGGCAGUGAUGUGCAGGUGACCGAGGACGCCGUGCGCCGCUACCUGACGCGGAAGCCCAUGACCACCAAGGACCUGCUGAAGAAGUUCCAGACCAAGAAGACGGGGCUGAGCAGUGAGCAGACCGUGAACGUGCUGGCCCAGAUCCUCAAGCGGCUCAACCCCGAGCGCAAGAUGGUCAAUGACAAGAUGCACUUCUCCCUCAAGGACCUCAGAAGCUUGCGCAAGCCCCUCCGUGCCAGCCGUGCCACACACACUGAACGCACCGUGCCUCCGUUCUCAGAAGCCCGUGUGGGAGGGACCCUCUCGGGUGAGGGACAGACCUCUUUCUUGGGUCACAGGACGGGCAUGGAAGUUGCUGCUCCCUUUCCCUCCCACCCUGAUGCCCCGGGACCCGGGGACAGGGCUGAGGGCCUAGGGCCCUCAGGUUGGCAUAGACUGGAGUCCUUGCAGGGCGAGCUUCCUGCCCCGUGUCCCAGCUCUUGGCUGUCCCCCAGCCUCUCCCUUUUCCUGUUUUGACACCGGCUCAGCCAGGCCCGGAGACAAGGGCAUGAUGUCUUAAUCCUCGAGAUGGGAGCCAUGACGGGGCGUCCCUGUCAGCUCAGCACCUGCCAAACACCUCAUCUCCACACAUCCUUUCCACCUGGUGCCCCACAUGGGGACCCCUGAGCCCCAGCACCCUGGCUGAGUGGGGAGGGACAUCUGGGGACUUGUGGAGACCCCCACCUCUCCAGACAGCAGGUGGGGUGGGGACCCCAGUUGCCUGCCCUGGGCUUAGCCCUGGCCGCCACAAGACUCAUAAAUCAAGGGGUGGAGGGGUGUCGGAAACGGGUCUGUGGAAUGUCUGGGUGGGGUUGGGGGGAUGAGCCCUUAACUCUCAGAAGGACGGUGUGGGUCAGAAGGAGCCAGCCAGCCUGGGCUGGAGGACUUGGGAGACAAGCUAGUGUGGGAUGUGGGGAACUUUGUGCCUAGAGAGCAGCUGGCAGUGAAGAGGUUACUCCACAGCCCAGCAGGGGGAUAAAUUGAGGGUGCAGGGCAUCCCCACCAAC